AUGACCGGACAAAAAGUUCUCUCCUUGAUCUUGGUUACCACUGUCCUCAGUGUCCAUUCAGUUCUGGAGGCAUCCGCAUUCCUUCCACAACAAUACCGAACAAUCUAUACAUCAGACGAUGUCACUUCUUCGGCACUUUUCAUGGCCAAAGCCGCCAAGAAAAAGAAGAAAAAGCCUAGUGGUGGUGGCGGCUUGAAAGGUUUUGGCUCUCCUGUCAGCAAAGAUUCCUCUGGCGCCAUGUCAAAUAUUGAACUGGAUCGAUCUGUCGAUGCUCUAGCCUUUUAUGAUUUUUUGGAAUCAAAUGAUGCCGGCGACAAUCUCAAACGAUGUGGAUUGGGUUUCUUUCCACUAGAAAAUGGUAUGAAACUGCGUGGUGUUGUAGCUUUGAAAACCAUCAAGAAGGGCGAUGUCAUUAUUCGGAUUCCGUACGAGUUGGCAGCAAAUCUGGGGCAAGAAGGCGCGGAUCCGACCAUUCCAGCCCAAGCCUUUCUCAAGGAUUACUGCGAUGUGUUGGGAGAUAGCCCUGGAGAGGGUGAUAUGGCACGUAAAAGCUACUACAAAAUGCUGCCACCGUACCGAGGAGACGAUUGCUUGGGUUCCACCGACUUUUUCUCGGACGAAACGUUGGAAGCUCUCCAAUCUCCCACGAUUGUCGAAGAGACGUUGAAACGACGAGAUUUGACCAAACUCCGAUUUGAGCGCGACAUUGAAAGCGAAGAUUCCCCCGACUUUCCAACUUGGAUCGAUGGAACUCCCGUCACUGUCGAUCACUUGCAAUGGGCUGUGUGGUUGAUUACUUCUCGAGUCUUGACGGUCCAAGGGGCGGAAAGUGACAAUAAAUCCUACCGACUCUUGAUUCCGUUCCUGGAUAUGUGCAAUCACGAUCGAUCCAGUCCUCAUAUUCUGACUGGUCGAGCGGCUCCAGGAAGAGAGCUCAAGGUUGUUGCGGGAGCAACGGUCAAAGAAGGUGAACAAAUCAACAUUUGCUAUGGUGGAGGCCAAGCUGGUAAUGAUCGAUUUCUACAGGAUUAUGGCUUUCUAGAUACUGGAGUUGACGGCAAAGCAUAUACCAUGGUGGCCCAACAAUUGCUGGGGAAGCGGCGAAUGGUGGAAGGAGUCAGCGCAGGCAAGCUCUUGUCCAAAGCUGAUCAAGAUAGAACACUUGAUUCUCUUCGAUCGACAGCAAUUGAAGCUGACAAGAAGCUUUUAGAAGAUACAGACGAUCCAGCUUUGAAAACUUCCAUAAACUAUCGAUUGGGAGUGAAGCAAGCCCUUUCCAAGUUUAUUGUAUUGCAAUAA